CGCGGGUUCUGGUUGGCCGAGGAGGGUCACGUGGGCGCCGUGGCCUCGAGGGCGGUCUCGGUCCCAGGUGUCAGGUUUGGGGCAGCUGUAGGUAGGGAGCGCCUGUCCUGGCGCCGCUAGCUGCGGCUUCGGCUCGCCUGGAGUGUCCUGCCCACAUCAGUCGCACGCUGUAGCCUGCCGGGUCCCAGCUCCUCGGGCCCUUCCCGGGCUCUGGGAGGGCGGGGCGCUACAUCAGCUAUCACCUUAAAAGAGGAGAACCUGUUGGGAACAAGCUCUGCGGCAGGGAGAAAAUCAAGGUGAACUGGAGAAAAUGAGCCUUUCCCCUAAGGAGACAGAAGUUGGGGAAAAUGUGAUGUCAGAAGAUAAGGACAAUGGCAGUGGAGAUGAGGUUGUCAUCCUUCAGAAUAAUGGCAGGAAGCAUGCUAUGGCUCCAGGAAGGAAAAAAGGGGGAAAAAAAUCUGUAGCUCCUAUGUUUGCUGAGAAAUUAAGCAGGAAAGGAUCCAUGUGGGCCAAGCGGGCACAGGACAGGAGGAGUGCCAAGCUUGAGAACCAUGAGAACUUCGAAGAGAGUGAAGAUGAGAACAGUGAGUUAGAUGAGCUUGAAGAAGAGCCUAUAAAAAAAACACCCAAUAAAAGGAAGAAGGAAAUGGCCAAACAGAAAGCUUCCCCUGGAACCAAAAAACGGAAAUUCAAAGCUGAAGCACCUGGAACUUUCAAACUGCAUGUUGGGAACCUGAAUUGCAACAAAACUGCUACUGAGCUAAAAACUGGUCUCAGUGAAUUUUUUGCUAAAAAUGAUCUUGCAGUUGUUGGUGUCAGAGUUGGCUUAUCCAGGAGAUUUGGUUAUGUGAAUUUUAAAUCUGCUGAUGAUCAGGAAAAAGCCCUGGAACUUAGUAAUACAAAGGUCCUUGGGUGUGAAAUUAAAUUAAAGAAACCAAAGGGAAAGGAAACAAAGAAAGAUCACAAUACCAGAACACUUCUGAUCAAGAACUUGCCUGACAAGGUCAAUCGGCAUAAAUUAAAAGAAGUAUUUGAAGAUGCUUUUCAAAUCAGAUUAGUAAGGAACAAGAAUGGGAUGAGUAAAAGUGGGAAAACAAAAGACAGAACAAGACAGCCACACUUUCCAAGAAGAAUGGGAGAGAGCUUAUUUCUUUGUGGAGGUAAACAAUGUCCCUACAUGUUUAAUAUGCAAACAGAGUCUCUCUGUGUUGAAAGAACAUAA